CUGGAUCAGGUACUCCGCCAUGCGCUCCUAGGGACCCUCCCAGUUUACAGGACCACCCGAACAGCCAUACUCCAUCGGGAGUCAGCUGUACCGCCCAUGGAACUACUCCUCGACCAAAGACGGCGGAACCUGGCCAUCAGAAUCCACCAACUAGACACCCAACACCCCCUGCACCUCCGGGUCACGCACCAACCA